AUGGUAAAAAUUAAUAUUAGAUAGAAUAGCCAGCAAUGAUUAAUUAAUUUAAAGUAGAUGCAACAGUAUGGCCAAUAAUUUCAUUUGGUUUUGGAAGUUUAAUAGGUUUAUUGGAUUCAUAUUUAUAUUGUUAUUUAAGUUUAGUAAGGAGUGUUAAAUGGGUUGGGUUCAGUUUAGAAUUAAAGAUAGAAUCAAUAGAGAUGUCUCCUUUAAAGUGA